CAACUGUCCGCCGGAGCGCCGCAGCCGCGAUCUCGGGGGUCUCCAUGGGGCUCCUCCUGCGGGGCCUGGCGGGGGGCGCCUGCUGAGAUGCCCCGGGCGGGCGGUGGGCAGCGGGGCCGCAGCUUCCUUCCCUCCUCGGGGCGAGCCUGGCGGGCGGCGGGAUGGCCUCCCCCUCCGGGCAGGGGUCUCCGGGGGCCGCGGGGCUGCUGCGGGGGAGCCGGGCGCGGUCCUACGGCAGCCUGGUCAGCUCGCCCGUGCGCGAACGGCGGCUGGAGCACCAGCUGCGCCCCGGAGACACCCUGCAGGGCCUGGCCGUCAUGUACGGGGUGACGACGGAGCAGAUCAAGAGGGCCAACCGGCUGUACACCAACGACUCCAUCUUCCUCAAAAAGACUCUCUUGAUCCCCACCAAGCCCAAAGCUUUGUCCAACGGACUGAACUUGGAGGAGGAGGAGGAGGAGGAGGAGGAAGGGCAGGGGGAGGCCGUCCCGCCCGAGUCGACCAAAAAGCAGAAGCAGUCCCGGAAGAACGGCUCUUCGGGGAGCUCGGUCCCCAAACAUGACCUCUCGGCUGCCGAUUUUCUCUUCAAACUGGAUUCCGAGAUCCGCCGAUCCAAGCAAGCGGCCACCAAGAAGCUGCGGGAAGGGGAGAGCAGGAUUUUGGGGGAGGCAUCGGGAACGAACCCCAUGCCUUCCUCCUCCGGCUCCUACCAGGGUGAGCCUUCGCCCCAGACCCAGCAACGGGCAGUCCUCGGCCCUGUGCCCCUCACCCGGAUCGCCUGUGCAGACGCUCUGCUCGACCAGGAGGACGAAAUCUUCAAGCUCUGAGACCCCCGCCCCAAAAGGCCGCCGGCAUCAGCCUGUCCCCCAUCACGCUAUGGGGAAGAACAGAUGCCACCCAAAAGGGACCCCUGGGGCAGAGGACGCCAGCUCCGGUUUCAGUUCUGCUUCCCUUGGACUUCCCCCCCUCCACAAGGCAGCCAGGAUGAUGGGCGCCUGAGUGGGCCCCUUGCUUCGUUUGCCCCCCCCUCACCCCCUACCCCUAAUAUUUAUUGCCUCAAGUGCUUCUUUGGCCAAUAGCACCUCCUCCCUCUGCCUUCUCAAGCUCUUCGGGUCCAUCCCAAGCAUGCCAGAGGGCAGACUUCUGGGAAGGGCUGUGGAGUAUGGGCCAGAGGGGAGGAUAGUGAGCAGCCCCCCCCCCAAACCCUCCGUCUUCUGAUUUUUCUCGUUUGGAAUUUGUGGCCCCUAUUCUCUGAUUAAAGAAAUGCAGGUUUUGCGAA